AUGUCUCUGCAGAGGAUCGUGAGAGUGUUCCUGGAGCAUCCCACCAGUGCAGUGUGUGUGGCUGGCGUGGAGACCCUCGUGGACAUUUAUGGGUCAGUACCUGAGGGAACAGAGAUGUUUGAGGUCUACGGAAGCCCCGGUGUGGACAUCUACACCUCUGCCGGAGUGGAGAGGGGCCGGGAGCAUGCAGACACCGGGUGGUGGUGCUUUAAUGCAGGGUUGCAGACCAUCAUGGUCAUGAACUCUCCCAGCAGCGACCUCAAGGACAGUCACGUGGCCUUCUUAGCCCACAUGCUUCUCCUGCACACCUGUCGUGUGCCAGGCACCGGGCUGGCUGCUUAUACUUCCUGGUUCUCUGGGCAGAUGAGGAAACCGAGGCGCAGAGAGGGGUGGGUGAAGCUGGGGCUCAGAGACCCAGAUCUUGGCACCCUCUGCCCUGGCGAGGGCACGGGCAUUAGUCAGAGGGCCUGGGGUGUCGGAGGCCCCCUGAAUUGCCGCCCUGUGCCUGGCUCCCCGGACCUGGAAGAUAUGUCUGUCAUGGUCCUGCAGACCCAAGGCCCCGCUGCCCUUUUCGACGACCACAAACUUGUCCUCCACACCUCCAGCUGUGACCCCAAGUGGGCACGGGUCUUCCGUGCCUGCGGUCCCAAGGACUCACGCGAGGCUUACAGGCACGUGCUGGGCCAGCACAAGGUGUCGUUCCAGGUGCCCCACUUCCACGGGGACGAGGAGCGCUUCUUCGUAGAGGGCCUCUCCUUCCCUGACGCUGGCGUGAGAGGUCCCGACCACCCCGCUCUUUCUUUCCCCUCUGGUCUUCCCCUGCCGGAUUUCUCCGAAUCUCCCAUCUUCACGGACACCGCGGUGUUCCGUGGGGCGCCCUGGAUUAUGUUGCACAGCACCCUGCCGCCCCUGGACGUGUGCGUGUGCCGUGUGAGGAACAACACGUGUUUUGUGGGUGCAGCGGCGACACUGGCCAGGAGGGCCGGCUGCAAGCUGACCGUCUGCCCACAGGCCGAGAACCGCAACGACCACUGGAUCCAGGAUGAGAUGGAGCUGGGCUACGUUCAGGCACUGCACAAGACCUUCCCAGGAGUCUUUGACUCCCCCAGGAAUGGAGGACUGCAGGACUUCCCUUGCAAAAGAAUCCUGGGUCCAGAUUUCGGCUACAUGACUCGGGAACUACAAGACAACUCUGUGAGUGGCCUGGAUUCCUUUGGGAACCUGGAGGUCAGCCCCGCAGUGGUGGCCAAUGGGAAGGAAUUCCCCCUGGUGAGGAUCCUCUUUGGUGGCAACUUGCCUGGGUGAGAGAGGGGCCGCAGGGUCACCCAGGUGGUUCGGGACUUCCUCCACGCGCAGAAGGUGCAGCCCCGUGUGGAGCUCUUUGUGGACGGGUUGGCCGUGGGCCAUGUGGAUGAGAUUCUGAGCUUUGUCCCUGCCCCGGAUGGGAAGGGCUUCUGGACGCUCCUGGCCAGCCCCAGCGCCUGCUUCAAGCUCUUCCAGGAAAAGCGGAAGCAGGGCCACAGCACGGCCCUCCUGUUCCAAGGGGUUAUUGACAAUCAGCAGGUCAACGCCAUCUCCAUGGCCCAGGUCCUCUCCAGUGAAAACCUCAUCAGCUACAAUAAGUUUGUCCAGGGCUGCAUCGACUGGAACCAGAAGGUGCUGAAGCGGGAGCUGGGCCUGACCGAUGGUGACAUCAUCGACAUCCCCCAGCUCUUCAAGAUGGAGAGGAGAAAGGCGGGGGCCUUCUUCCCUGACUUGGUGAACAUGCUGGUGCUGGGGAAGCACCUGGGCAUCCCCAAGCCCUUCGGACCCAUCAUCAACGGCCGCUGCUGCCUGGAGGAGAAGGUGCGGUCCCUGCUGGAGCCGCUGGGCCUCCAGUGCACCUCCAUGGACGACUUCACCCUAUACCACAAGCUGCACGGGGAGGUGCGCUGCGGCACCAACGUGCGGCAGCAGCCCUUCUCCUUCAGGUGGUGGAACAUGGUGCCCUGA